AUGAGGUAUAUUGGUAACAACUAUAGUUUAGGAUACUACCUUGCAGAUGGAAUCUACCCUAAUUGGGCUACGUUUGUGAAGUUCAUCUCGUUGCCCCAAAGUCAAAAACAUCAACUAUUUGCAAAAAAACAAGAAUCGGCUAAGAAAGAUGUAGAAAAAGCGUUUGGAGUAUUACAAUCACAAUUUGCUAUGGUUAGAGGUUCAUCACGGAUGUGGUUCAAGAAAAUAAUUGGAGAAAUACUACGAGCUUGCUUAAUAAUGCACAAUAUGAUUGUGGAAGAUGAACGUGACUUAUACAUCCGUCAAUUUGAUUUUACAGAUGAUGCUAAUUUCAGUAUAUCUAUGCCUCAAGUUUCUCGAAAUCAUCUUCCUGAGUAUGAAACUUAUCUUCGAAGUCAUGCAAUAAUACGUAACAUGACUCACAACAAUCAACUGCAAGCGGAUUUGGUUGAAGAGAUUUGGAGGCGAUUUGAAGGAGAAGAAAACAAUGACUAA